UAUUCAUUUUUAUUGGGUCCCUGAUCUAGAUAUAUAUCACAACUAUGGCAUAACAUAUAUUUUACUAAAAAAUAAAAUUUUAGAAAAUAUUCUUUAGAAAAUCCUUUCAACAUUUGCUCUAAAUUUUUUGUAAUAUAUAAUAACAACCAGAUAUAGGAAACGAAACCAUUUGAAUCGUGAUACAUUGUAUUCAAACUCCUUUUUACUUAGGGUUCCUGAUGCCGAGCACCUCUUUUCCUAAGUGCCUAACUUGAAUUUAAAGGGUUUUCGGGGCAGCAAUCAGUGCUUGAGCUGCUUGUGCGGCUCCCCUUGUUAUUUGUUUCGCUUAGCGCGUGCCUCAAUUAUGAGCAAGGUAACAUCCACUUGAAUGCAUCGCGCUGUGGCAGUGGCAGUGGCUGUGGUGGUGCCACCAACGAAGCAGCAACAGUAACGGCAUUGGCAACUUAGUUAGUUGCCCCGGCCAAAUGUCAAGGGAUAGGAGGUGGAAACUCUGCGCAGCACACGGAUAUCCAGGGAUCGGUUGGGUGACUGGGUGAGCGGGUGAGCAGAUGGCGGAGCAGGUGGUGGAAACUCCGGCCAAGUGUUUAACCCAGUUCGCAGUUCGCAGUUUGGCGCACAGCUCCUGCUGAUCCAGGUUUUGUGGCCGCCUUUGUUGCCAUUGUUGUCGAUUGCCACUGCUUUUGCUUCGCUUCGGUUCGCUGCAACUCAGUUUAGUUUUGUUUCGUUGUUUGCCGCUUGUUUGCUGCUCUUGCACUUGCGGCACGUAAUUGUUGCAGUGCUUGUUAUUUUGCCAUGGCUGCUGCAAAAGUUAUUAAAAUGAAAAAGCCAAAAGCGAAUCGAUUAUGCCGGAUGCAGCAGCACGGCAACCUUUCACAAUUGCUCCAACUUUGCGCCACGCAAAAACUUUUAUUUCGGCACAAAAAAAAAGCUAAAAUCCAAAACGGAAAAAAACAAAAAAAAAAGAAAAAUACCAAUAGAAAAGAACGAGAUGAAAAGGGAAGUAGAGGAGAAACUUUAAAUUGACAUCGAAUGGCAAAACCGAAAGCUGCUGCGGCAAUACCUAACAAAAGUGAAAAGUUGUCGAAAGUUUGGUUUACCGAAAAUGAUAAGCCGCCCUUUACCACACUCCAUUUUCCUUUAGACGGAGUCACGCACGCUUUUCGAUUAAGCGCAGAGCUGCUUGCAAAAGACACAAGUCCAAAGAAAAUGGACCAUGGGGCGUAUGAGUAACGAGUGCUAGGAACAACACCGACCACGGGGCGUAUGAGUAACAACUUCCGUUCCAUCACUUUUUUUUCUUUUUUUUGGUAUGCACGGCCAGCAAUGUCUAUGGCUUUGUGGGUAAUGCGAGUUUAACAACUGAAUUGUUGACUGACAUUUAAAUUUGCCAACACAAUUUGCAUUUCUUGCUCUCUUUCAACUCACCGCCUCUCUUUAGCCUGUCACUUUGGUCCUUUGCUCCUUUGGCUUUGUGUAUGUGUGUGGAAUUUAUGCAAAUAAUAAGCAUUUCCUUUCUGGUGUCUCCAUUACUUGCUUGCCACGUCUAAUUUCCACCAACUUUUUUUUUGUUUUGGGGCUCUGCUGCUCCAUGUUCGUGUUUGAGUUGGCAAACAAAUUUCAAUUGCAAGUUUGGUGGGGAACAUUUCUUUACGUUUUCUUUGACUUUGAUGUAAUUUAAUGUGGCAUUUGGCUUGCACUUUGGCUUUGGUAUUUGGCCACAUGUACCACUAGUAUCACAGCACAUAGCGAGAGCGCAAUUAAAUAUGAAAAGUAAUUUUCAUUGUUAGCCAAGGAAAAACUGGCACAGCUCCGGGGCCACUGGAAAUGCAUUCGUUUUCGACUUAUCUGCAUUUCGCUGUUGACAGCCAAAGAAAAUGGCAUGGUAAAAGCACAAGAAAAUGCAAUUUGCAUGCCAAAAAAAUAAUUUUAUAGCAAUCUCACAAUCUGCUCUUGCUCUUUGGGGUUCAAAAUGAAAAUGGUGCAUUCAAGAAAAACGUCUUUGGCAGCUAGUGAAACGUACUUAAAUUCAACUUGACAGCCACCCAACUUUGCCCGCCCUCAACAAGUGUCGCUUUUUAGCCAAGCUCUCUUGGCCUGGCCAACACAGCGUAAUUUUGCAGCGUAAUUGGCAGUGAAAAUCUCUUUUGGCUUGCCCACCCGGCGUAUGCGCAAUCUCAUUGUCAAUCGCUUGGAUUGCGGCUGCCUGGCAGACUGGCAGCACAUAGUGGCAUUGCCUUAUUAACAAUUAUUUGCCAGCAUUAUGCUGGCAUUUGGCCAGAAUGCGGAGGAGGAAUGCCUGUUGUGGCGCUGACAGCCGACAACUGACACUUGAGGCGUCCGUUUUGCCAUUUACCAUAUUUACGCUAUAAACGUUAUUUAUUCGCCGCCCUCGCUGCCAAACGGAGCCAAUUUGCUGGCGCUGUCAGUUAAGCCACUCAACUUUGAUAUUGUCAAAAUGUAGCACGUUCAAAGUGUUAACCAGUUGAGGGGGGAGUUGGUUUCAACACCCCGACAUCCCAAUCCCCUGCAGCCUCGUCAUCCGAACGGGUUAUGGGAAGCGCCUUUUUGGCCAGAUUUUGUCGGCUUUAGUUAAGAGCGCAUUGCCACACAAAGUGGCUUUUUAUCAAAUGUCCUUAGUGCCCUUGCACACACACACAACGCACACUUGUUUGGCUUUAGUGGCAUCUACGUGCGGAAGGGGCGUGGCCAGUACUGCUGAUGGCGCUGGUGGUGGCACUUAGCCAUCGGAGGGCCUAAAAUAACAAUGAUUAAAUGUAAUUUCAGGAAGACCACCCUACUUUUUGGCCCCAUCCCUCGGGCAGUCAGCUCUCAAGCCUAAUUACAAUUGGGUUUGUUUUAUUCCUAAAGCUUUUGUGCGGCCACCGGGCGUUGGAGGACACAGUUUUAGGUGGCGAAUGCCUGGGAGUUGGCCAAUUUGGGAGGCUACUGUGUGCCAUCCUGGAGCGUGAAAAGUGCCGCGAGAAGUUGGCCAACAUGUUCGGCAACAGCUCGCAAAAUGAAGUUGUUGUGGGAGUUUGUCCACUCGGCGCGUAGUUCGCCAUGUUUGCCCUCUGUCUCAACUUGUCACGAACAACAGCGGCGCCAGGACCUCCUCCUGCAAAAAAGGAUGCAUUGAGAAAAAUUGCACAGUAAUUGCUUUUUCUAUUUACUGUUAAGAGUCGCCUGCUGGUGUGCAAAUACUAAUUGUUUAUCUUUUAAGUGAAACUUUGAGCAAAAGCUGUAAUGUGAAAACUGUUAUUUGUUACUAAUGCUACUUAUCAUUUGUAUUUUAUACAGAAACCUUUAAGCAAAUUAUCUAAAUUUAAUAAUCUAAACCUUAAAAUGCUGUUUACUGCUGCUUAACUCAUUUAUAAUUGGAUUUGAAGAUCAUCUGCUGUACAUUUCUUAAAAGUCAUGCUGCCUCUGACAUAAACAUUAUCGCAAAUAUCAUGAAUAAAUUGUGAUUAAGUUAUUUAUUUCUGUGUGCCGCUUCGUUCGUGUUGCAUUUUGAACAGCAAGAGCAGCGACGCCACUUGAUUCAAUGCACAAACAAGGUUCGUCCUGCUGCUCCUGCUCCUGUUUCUGCCACUGAUCCUGACCCCCCCUCGCACACCCCUCUCAUGUCCGUCAAGCGUAAUUACACGGCAUGUCUGUUCCAUUCAGGCAACAUCCACCUCCCCCACCACCACACCCCGUGGGUCCACCCACUCCUGUUUGAUGUGCGUGUUUUAUUUCGAGUGCCAUUUGUUUUAAUUAAAAUUAUUUAAAGCGUUUUCAGCUUGAAGUGCGCCGGCAUGGCGGCAAAAUUUAAGUUUUUUGCCCUUGCCACAAUUUGGUUAGCAAGGAACACACUGUAUCACUGUACACCGAACCGAACUCUGUUGGUCGUUUGAGAAAUGGCUGCUUUGAGAGUAAUACGAGAUAGGGUUAUCCAAUUUAUCCAAUUAGUUCGUGACCCUUGGGAAACAUGCAAUAAUUGCCACGCCACAAAAUGAAUUUCACCGGCUGUAUUGGGGUUACAUCGCUAUAAAGCAGAACAUUCAAGUUCUUUUUAAUGAAGGUGAACGAACUACUAGUCUUCUAAUGAAAAGGUUGUGUAUUUGAACGUAAAAUAUCAACUGAAACAAACUGCAAUUAUAGUAAGUAUAUUUAAAGUUAAUGUAACAUAUUCUGCCAUCAAUAUAUUGCCUAUAAGUAAAGUUAUAACAAAUAUUACCAGGUAGCUACAGUGCGAUAUGUGCGUAUGCAAAACAUAUUGUGUACUUUUUAUCCGAUUUCAUGCUCAAAUAGAAGACAGCAUAAUAUUUAUUGCCUUUCGUGUGUUUGUGAAUGUUUUUGCAUGUGAGAGGCCCUGCAGCUGAAUUUUAUUGUCCACCUAAAUUUUGCUUUGCUGAUUUGUUUGCCAACGAACGAAUCGCUUUUUGUUUGUUUGCUUGUUUGCUUGCUUCUCUUUUUGCGGUAAACACAUGCAGACUUACACCUUUUAGCCCACACCCACAUAAAGAUCCAUACACACACAAACACACUCACAGACAAUCUAUGCACCAACACAGAGGCAGCAUGAAACGCAGCUAUAAGAGACACUUAACAACGGUUUCUCGGCCAUUUUGUUUGUGUUACUGCCAUUUUUUGUGCGUCUGUCUGUGUUUGUGUGAGCAAAUGAGAAAAACCAACGUGGCAACCAUAAAACACAAAUACAAGCGCACACAUAGAGACAUUCUCAUGUUUGCACAAUAAAAUUUCAACAAUAUACGCGACCGGGGCGCCUCUGUACUUGAGUAAAUUGGAUCUGUGCAGUGGCUCGUGUGCGCCGGGGGGCGCGGGGGGGAAUGUUAAAAUUAAAUAAAUAUUUGCCUUAAAGAACGCCGCGGCGGCUUUACAAACCGAAACAAGACACCCACACAGAGCGGUAUUUAAAGCAGCCGACCACAGAAACAGCAACAGCAAGAGAAAACCGGGUCGAAAACAAAAGUCUCGAGUCGCGGAAAUCUUGGCAAAAGUAUUUCCACUUGGUAAAGUACGAGACUGCGGACGGGAAGUGGAAAGUGGAGCAUUUUCCCAGACCCAAAGGGUUCCGAGUCUAAAGUUUUAAAUUUUAAGGCUUAUAAGCCCUAAAUUUAUGCUGAUUAUUUAAUUACCAAGUUACUGUAAUAACAAAAAACCAUAUUUUUGUGGUCAUAAUUAAAGCAAAUAUUGGUCGAGUUCCGAAUAGCUUUGGCCUAAUGACUGGGAUUAUAUGGCUUAUAUUAGUGAAAUGAAUAUUUAAUGACUAUUCGCCACUCCACGCAACAUUUUUCAGUGAAUUAUUACUUUUUUAUUUGCUUUGUAAUCCUGUAAUCUCAUAUAAAUAUAACUUUUAUGGUAAAAUGUUUCUUAAAGUGUAACUGUUUCAUUAUUAAAGUGAGUAAGACCAUAUUUAUUUGCAAAUAAGUCUGUUUAUGUUGAUGGCUAUUUUGUUUUCCGACUGCCAGUCUGUCUGUAUAUUUUAUUCACCAUUUUAUUUUGUAUACAUAAAAGUAAAUCAAAAUGCUGAAUAAAAGCAGCAAGUUUUUGUGUCACAAUUAAUCAACUUUAUGUAGUUUAUUGUUUGCCACAACUUUAUUCAAUAUCCAUUGUUUAUUGUUUCUAGCAAGCAGCUGGGUGGAAAUAAUGCAGCUGUUUGCAGCUAUAAAAGCGUCGUGCUAAGAAAAAGUUAAAUUAUUUUCAAUAAUGAAAAUUUCGGCAAUAUUACUAGUAAUCUCGCUAGCCGCCCUUUCUGAGGCAGCGGGGCGUGGCCGUAGUCACAGUAUUACGUGGGGCGCCAGAAGCUACAGGGAUAUGCAUUUGCGCAGGGAGAUCAUUACGGAGAAGUCCAAGUUCCUGCGCGUGGUCACCAGAGACUAUGUGUUUGAACAAAAGAAACUGGCACGCACCAUCACACAAAUCGUGAUCACGGAUCAGGUUCGGGAUGGAAAUGGAGGCCAUGCCUAUCUCACCGAGGGUGGACCACAGACCACGUAUGCCAAGAUCCAUCUGAAGAGUCAACGGAAUCAGGGCUUCAGUUUCAUCAUCGACAUCUACGGCAUUUAAUUAUACAUAUGCCCCUUAAUUUAUGUCUCUCAGAUACACAUAUGCAAAUGCAGAUAGUUUGUUGUUUAUUUACAUACUGAAUAUAUAUCCGCAAGCACACUCAUUGCGUAUUUAUGUAAAUGAUCAAACAAUUGACACACGACAAAUGAACUGCAGCUAAUUUGCAGUUGGCGGGUGAAAAGUAUAGAGUUACUGACAGAUUGGUUUAAGUACCUUAAAAAUAGUUACCACUAGUGACUUUUAUAUGCCACAUUAUUGAUCGUUAAAUCCAGAUACUAAGUGCAAGUUGUUGUUAUUAUUAUCUAUUUAAAGGAUAGCCAAAGUCAUUACCGGUUUCUCGUUGUUAGCUGCAACUUUGAAGGUUAUAGGCCAAGUAGGCGAUGAGUUGUUUGAAGGGCAAUUCCGACCACUCGUAAUUACCCAGCCAUUUCGACUAACGAGGCAAGUGCAAUUUUCGGUUGAGCAAAUGGGGAAAGUAUAACCAGCAAAAGCCUGUGAAGCCAGCCGCUUUUGCCAUUUAGCAAAUGUCAGGCACUUAGCCACCCAGCACCAGUACCAGCACCACCGCCUAAAAACCACCAGAAAGCCCUAAAAACCACCUUUCACCACCCGAAAACCAAAAACCCAAAACCCAUAACCCAAAACAUCGCCCGUCUUCGAUGCGAUGCCAUCAGGCAGUGUGAAAGUCAAACAAAUCCAAUCAAUGUUACGCAGAUACAUAUACUCUUAUUUCUAUGGUCGUCCGUAUGCCUGCAUAUAUGCAAAUUAGCUGGGGUUAUAAAAUGUAAUGUAUUGCCUGGGAUCCCUUGGCGCUGCGAAAUCAACCAUCGAUAUACACAUACAUAUAUGUAUGGGGGGGUGGUUACGUAUGAGGGCAUACCAUCAAUCGCAACGAAUUAAAAUUUUAUUAUGCCAUAUUCCCCAAACGAGUGGCGAGAAGGUCGGCGUUUGUAUCGUUUAUGGUUUUCGAAUGUAAAUGCUUUUUGUCUCCCAAGUCGCCAAAUCGACUGGCAAAUGUGGGGUUAACAGGUCCUGCACACUUGCCUCCAAAAGGUUGCAACGCGUUGCAGUUGUGGCAUAUUUGAUUGACGCCACAUUUUGCCUACGGGUAAACGUUUAGAUGGUGAGAAGGCGAGAAGGAUCUUACGCAGGUUACCUUCGGUAACCUCAAGCGCCAGUCAAUGCCAGAAGCAAGGAGAAGUGGGCCAGGUGAGCUGCCAUUCCUUGCCAUUUCAGGCCAAAACAAAGAGCCAUACAUUAUGCAGGUUGUUUGUUAUCGUUCGAUAAAGUGUAAAUUAUGGGAAAGCUGCCAGGCAGCCAGGUCAGUUCCCCUCGGUUUUGCCAUACCUGGGAUAUAUCCUGCAAAUACCUAUAGUAUAUACUCGUUGUUACGUAUGUGUGCUACCCUUUGCUAUAUAAUUUCAGAUAACUUUAAUGUGUGUCUUUUGUGCGUAGUGUGCUCAGUGGUCUUGACGCUUGCAUUGUUAAUCGCACAAAUGCCAUUUGCAUACUCGUACUCGCAUUUGAGUAAUUUAUGCUGAGCUCCGGAAUGCCAUUUAAUUGCCCAGCCAGCUGUUUCGAUGUUUUUGGUGCUCGGUGCUCGGUCACAGGCCAUAGACUUCUAGACAUAGGGAAACUGAAACUGAAACUGAGUGGAAACAUCUCAAGGACUGUCAAUCGCAACUGGAGGGUCUUAUGUAGAUUUCCGUUUGACUUUGGCCUGCCUUUUGCGCACACAAAGCCAAGUGUUGACCUCAGUUGCGCUGCUGUCAUAGACAUUUCCCCUACAUUUCCUCGAUGGCAACAAUGGACGACAUGCCACGUCUCCUCAUCUCGUUCAUUUCACAGCCAAUUUUGUGCAUUUUUUCACACUCCCCUCAUUUUUUUGCUUAUGUGUGCGUGUGUGUGUGUGUGCAGCUGCAUCCUUGGCAUUUUUUUUUUCGCACUCACGUCCCUGCUGCCGUUUUUUGGCCUUUUGUCCUGCGUGGCUGGAAAGUGUGAAAGGAGCUGGCGAACGGAUUUCUGGUCUCGUUUCGCCAGGGACUUUUGUUUUUCAAUUGCCAUUUGCCAUAUUUGCGGCAAUUGUUUUCGUUUUCUCUAGCAGUAAAUACUAUUGCCGGCGAGCGAAUGUUCUAUGUUUCUGUGCAUGGCAUGCACUGAGCAAAAAACUUUUCAAUUUAACAGAAUUAAUUCAAAAUAAAGGCUUUUGUAGAUAAAGCAGUUGAAAGUAUGUUUGAUCUAAGAUUAUAUAAUAUUCAAUAAGGAAUAAAAAAUACCUUUGUUCCAAGAUAAGGGAGUUUGAUACUGAUUCUGAAGGUACAGCUUUCUGCAGAUAGAAAAAUUCAUUAUUAAUUUUAAGUGAUACGACCGAAGUGCAACAUUUUUCUCUCUCUGCACUCACAGUGAAUUUCCGGCUUAGGUUUGACUAGUGCAACAGACUUUAGCUACGGUUAUAGCGCCUCCGGUUUGUACUAUCAGCUGGCAAGGAGCAGCACAAAUGGGAUAGAAUGGAAGCUUGUUAUGUGCAGUCGCUUGUUGGACUCACACACACACACUCAAACACACAUACAAUCACACACACUCACAUACCUCACACACUCAAGCCAACGCACUUGUUAGUUUCCUACCAUUUCUUAUGCUUAUCAAGCGAAGCUUUUCCAACGUGCUAACAAACGAGCAAAAACAGCAGGAAAAGCUGGAAAAGCAAAGACUAUAGUAAGGGGCACCAUUUGAUUGCCCGGAGCUGUUUUUCCGGCGUACAGUUUUCACUACGUCGAUGUUUAAGUGGCACGGCUUUGUCACAGUCACAGUCAAAGUCAAGACAUUCUCAGUUUGAUCAAUUCUUUCAGCUCCACUGUCAGAUAUUCUUACUUACUUAAAGGAUCGACCAUUUAGUACUGUAUUAUAUCACUGGACUUUUGGUGCUUUCUCGUCAGCUGUCCUAGAGACAAUGCCAUAUGAGUAAUUCGUUGUAAAAUUACAAUAAUUAUUCGAUUACAACUACUCGUUCUCAUUCAUAUGGAUGGAGCUUAAAGCUGCGACUUGUUGAGCUCUUGAUUGGAAUUCUAGCAUUACUUGUUUCGCAAUUUCUCUUUCGUAUAUUGGUGUUCUCUUAUUUUACAAAAAAUUUUCCUUUCAAUAGGAGCUUUUAAAAUGGUUUUAUAAGCCAUUGACAAUAAACAAACCUUGGGAAAAUAACAUAAAUUAAGAAUGCGAUUACCAGCACAAUAUAAUUUGUUAUUUUGUCCAUAUAAUCGUCUACACCGCUAUCGAAUAUUAUGAAACUUUGGUACAUGCGGUUUUAAUAUUAUGAAACUUUAGUACACGCGGUUUUUUUCCUAUAUUUAUUCAGUACUUUUCCCCUUAAAAUGUGAGUUCAAUGCGAAUUCACACACUAAGUCGGUUCUAAGUCCAAAUAAACACACAUGAUAUGACAGUGUUGUUUGUUAUUUAAACUGAUAACAGAUCAAAGGUUUCUUUCUCCAUCUCAAGUAUUCAUCAUUACACUCGCGAUCCAACGUGUAAAAAUAUUAUUUAGUUCUCUCUACAGUUGAGAUUUUCA